CAAGGAAAGAUGACAAAAUAUUGUGGUGUAAAGUGAGAUAACUUAUUUAAAACUCUGUAACAUUCGGUGCUGUGUAAAAUAUGUGUACUAUGCUGAGAAAUUCCGUCAUCGGCGGUAGUUUGGCCGUUUUCCGAAGGCACUACUGCACACCGGUUGUAAAUAUAUUCGAUCGCAAAGCGAAACGAUCACAGCGUGAACGGGCUGCGAAAAGCGGCGAUGUGGAGCUGUACGAUUACAUAAAGGAGGAGGUUGGCUUCCGGUUAGCGGAUCGAAUAUUCGACAUUAAGCGACAAUUUAGCAAUGCCGUCGAUCUCGGUGCAGGUCGCGGGUACGUCACGAACCACGUGCUGGCGGAAACGGUCCAGAGGUUAACGGCGGUGGAUCUAAGCCCCACCAUGCUAUCACAAAUCAAAGGAACACCGGGGCUCGAUUUUAGCAUAAAAGAAAUGGACGAGGAGCGGUUUCAGUUCGAGGACAAUUCGCUCGAUCUGGUCGUAUCCAGCAUGAGCAUGCACUGGGUGAACGAUUUGCCGGCCUGCUUCGCGGCGGUGAAUCGUGCCCUCAAACCCGAUGGAGUGUUUAUCGGGGCCAUGUUCGGUGGUGACACUCUGUACGAGCUCCGAUCGGCCCUACAGCUGGCUGAGCAGGAACGACGCGGUGGGCUUUCACCGCACGUCUCACCGUUCACGCAGAUCCGUGACGUCGGUAUGCUGCUGAAUCGCGGCGGCUUCACGCUGCUUACAAUCGACACGGACGAACUGGUCGUCGGGUAUCCGUCGGUGUUUGAGCUAAUGUUCGAUCUGCAGGGAAUGGCGGAAAACAAUGCCGCCUUCAAUCGGCCGCUCAACGUUGGCCGCGAUACACUGAUGGCGACCGCUGCCAUCUAUCAGGACAUGUACGCACGCGGAAAGGAGCGAUCCGACGGUGUAUCGGCAACGUUUCAGAUCAUUUACUUCGUCGGCUGGAAACCGCACGCUAGUCAACCGCAACCGGCCGAGCGCGGUUCGGCCACGGUUUCGUUCAAAGAUCUGGCCACCGUGAUGGGACCGGGGAAGAAGGGGAAAAAGCAAUAAAUCGACCACGCCAUUGCUAAACAGUUCAUGAAGUGUAUAUAUUUAUAUUUUUCCAAUAAGUUUUAGUAAAGUGUUGGGGCUUGCCUAUGGGCGCUACCCCGAUUCUAAGUUCUUAGCCGUACACGCUGCUCUACUGGCUGGCGGUUUGAAUGCUACAUUUUCCAACUUCGG